AUGUUAAGUGGAACGGGCCCAGCACCGAAUCAGGCCGACACGGUCGCAUUCUGGCGCAGCCUGUGGUCAGCGCCCAUAAACCACAACGAGGGCCCUUGGACGGAAGUUGUGGCGAGUCAGUAUGCGGGUAUUACGCCCAUGGACCACGUCAUCAUAACGCCGGAUGACGUAGCUGAGGUGGUCCGUAGGGCCCCGAACUGGAAAAGUCGGGGGCUUGACGGGCUGCAUCACUACUGGCUGAAGGCUUUCAUGGUGUGUCACGCUGUACUCGCCCGACAGUUUCAAGAGGCUCUCAACCAGAAGUCGCUCCCGAGCCUCUUCACUACCGGGAUUACUCAUUUGGUUCCUAAAGAUCAGGGUGCCACAGACCCGAGAAAAUCCGCCCCAUCACAUAUCUACCGACCAUAUACAAGACACUAA